GCUGCGAGUACGGAGAUCUGUAUCCGGUUUCCGGUCUGCCGCUACCGUCAGCAGACGACGUCCAACAGCACAAACAAAGGAGAAAAGAAAGAUCUGCCAAAGAAUUCAACAGAAUGGCUUGGUCAGGACGCUUUCAAGACUUUCAACAAGAGGGAUCGAAACCUCAAUCACAGUACUCAAGUAGGAAUCCAAAUUAUAACCAGCUCAACUCCAGUGGUGUUACUUCAACUGGAAGAGUUAACAUUCGGGACAUCAGUGCCGGCUUGCCAAACACUAGCAUAAUUGGAUGCGUGUUAACCAAAGGCGAAGUUAGGUCUGUCGCAAGCAAAAAAGAUACAGGAACAGAGAGAUAUGUAUUCAAUUUUACAAUCAGAGAUUCUGCAGUGGACUUCAUAAAUGUAACCUGCUGGGGAGGUGAAGACCACAUCAAUGGCAUAGCACAAAACUUCAACAUAGGAGACAUAGUGACAGUACAAAAUGCCCAAAUACAGCCAAAGAGCGAAUACGAUGAGCGAUUCAGGCCAUGGACUCCGAGCUCCCUGCAUUUGGUAGCCAAUGAAAAUUAUACCAAAAUCGAAUUAUGCAGUGACUGGAAUCAACAGGAAUUCUCCAACCUGCUACACCUGCCGAUCAAGCAGAGCAGUGACUUCUUCUCCCUGUACGAUGUCAGCUACAACGGGCAGACGCUCCAGGGAGAGCAUGUGAACCUGCUCGCUGUCGUAAAAUCCAUGGGAGCAGUUAGGGACAUCAAGACCAAGACUGGAAGAACCAUUAAGAAACUUGAGGUGAAACUUUGCGAUCAGACUGCAACAACCUUUGCACUAACGCUCUGGGAUGAAGCAAACAUAAACUUUGCACUGACAUGGUGCCCAAAGGAAUAUGUGGUAUUCGCAGCAGACGUAAAAGUGUCGUAUGACAACUACAGAAAGGCGAUGGUUGGGACGUGUGAUAGCAAGACAAUCUUCACUGUUAAUCCAGACACUAAGGAGGCUCAUAACCUGUACCAAUGGGCACAGACAGCAGAUCUGAGUGGUGAAGACAGCAUCAUUGGAAUUAGUGACAAAGACAUCGACUUGUCACUCAUCAAGGACGUGUUCACGCUGGACGACGUUAAGCAGAUGCACAGCCAGCGGAGUGAUGCGUCAGACCCCAAUGUCGCCGGCAUCAUCUAUGCCUACGUCACCAAGUUUGAUCUGGACGGACAACUGAACAGGAUCGUUUCGAUUCGCUGCAACCAAUGUAAGAAGCGAACGGACGACGCGACAUACCUGUGCACGAACAUCAACUGCCCGAUGGGCUCUUCGAUGGAGCCGCCGGACACCCAGGCCCAGUACGACGUGCUGCUGCAGCUGUCUGACCGCACGGGCUCCCUACGGGCCGUGCGGCUCGGGGGCGCGCAGGCAGAGACGCUGAUCGGAUGUCCCGCUGGACAAUUCAAGGACAUGGAAGACGGUGAGAAAACGGCCAUCAAGUGGAAAUAUCUAAUGGAACUCUGCAAGGUUUACAUCAAGACUUCUCUACCAACUUACGAACAUCCGACGCCGCUCGUUAGAAUACUGGCAUGCGAACCUGCAAAACCGCUAGAGAUUCUGGAGCUUCUUCCGCAACCCGCCAGGGGUAGUUCUUGGUGACAUCAACAGUAGUCUGCAAUCUACACCGUAGUAGAUGCGUGUUUCCGAUCGCUAAUUUACAUGUCUUUAAUAUUAAAUUAAUAAAUUAUCUAUGUAUUUCUAUCGUAA